UCCCCUUACUCACUCACGAAAACUUGUGAUUCCAACCUCCACGAAAAAAAAAGAAGAAAAAGCCUCAGUCAGUCUACCCGUCUAGUCUUCCACUCCAAGCAAAAUCCAACUCGCCGGAGCGACCCGAGUCGAACCAUGACUGACGGCAACAACCGAGACGAACCCAUCGACCCGUUUCUCGUCGGUUACCAGCCGUCGGAGCUCCGAAUCGCGUCGGAGUUCCUCACCACGUGGCUUCCUUUCCUCACCAGAGAUCUCUGCCACGGCUGCGCCACCGCUCUCGCCGAUCGCGUCCGCUCUCUCGGCCCAGAAGUUAGCGGUGAUUCUAAGAUGCCUAAUCCGGAUGAGAAUUCGAGUGGUUUGACACCAAAGAGCAAGGAAUUGCAGGAGGCUAGUGAUAAUGGUGAUGGGGAUGAUGACUAUGAUGAUAACUACGACAUGAAUUCGCUAGGUAGUUGGAAGGAGGGGACGGACGGGGUAUCGGAACCCUACCAGGAAGCUUCUACCAGUGGCGUGGUUUCGAAAUCCUCCUCUGUGGGGACUUCAAAUACUCGAAUGUCGUGGGCCGAUAUGGCACAGGAAGACGAGCUGGAGGAAGAGGAGGAGUUGAAUAAGCGGUUGGUUAGUGUAAAUGCUUCUGCUGGUGACUUGAGGAUAACAAAGUCUACAUUGCCGAGGGAGCAGAGGGAGCACAUUAGGUUCAUGAGUGUGAAGAGGAAGAAAGAUUUUGAAUCUCUUGAGAGGUUUAAAGGGAAAUAUGUUAACGUUGUCGAGGGGCUGGAGCUUCACACUGGUAUCUUCAGUGCAGCAGAACAGAAGAGGAUAGUUGAUUAUAUUUAUGAUCUCGAAAAGAAGGGCAGAAAUGGUGAAUUGAAAGCACGAACUUUUACUGCACCACGAAAGUGGAUGAAGGGCAAGGGUCGUGUAACCAUUCAGUUUGGUUGUUGCUACAAUUAUGCAGUGGAUAAAAAUGGUAAUCCGCCUGGUAUCCUCCAGGACGAAAUGGUAGAUCCUUUACCCAGUCUUUUUAAGGUUAUCAUUAGGAGGCUGGUUAGAUGGCAUGUGCUUCCUCCGACAUGUAUACCUGAUAGUUGCAUUGUCAACAUAUACGAGGAAGGGGACUGUAUCCCUCCGCACAUUGACAACCAUGACUUUGUUCGACCAUUUUGUACCGUUUCAUUUCUUAGUGAGUGCAAUAUACUUUUUGGAACGAACUUAAAGAUUAUUGAUGCUGGUGAGUUUGAGGGCCCACUUAAAAUCCCCUUGCCAGUUGGAUCUGUUCUGGUUUUAAAUGGAAGAGGUGCUGAUGUGGCUAAGCAUUGUGUGCCUGCAGUACCUACGAAGCGGAUAUCAAUCACAUUUAGGAGAAUGGAUGAAUCCAAGCGGCCAGUUUGGUAUGCUCCAGAACCUGAUUUGCAAGAGAUUCAACCAUUGUCCUAUGAAGAGGACAACAGUUAUAGGUCACAUUCUCCUAGAAGUGAACCACGUACAAGGAGACAGUCAACUAGAAGAGUAGAUAACCUAGAAACAAGUGGACCCUAUGAGAGAAGUUACAGCCGCUCAGAGCCUCGCGACUCAACUUGGAGAGGACGCGGAUCUGGAAGUAGGUGGAACCGUGGAAGGGGCAGGGGGAAUCUGGGGAGCUAGUUGGUGGCUUCAUUAUCAGAUAAAGUUCUGCUGUUGGCCCAUUUUUUUCUUUUUCUGGAGAGCUGCAUAUAUGGGGCCUGAUUGGAUUUUAAUUGUCUACAUAGGCGUUUCUGUGCUUUGGUUUAUUCUUUUUCAAGAGCAAUAUGUACAUGUUUGCGUAGUUGAUGUUCAGAGGAAGAGGCCGAGGCAGAGGCAAAGGUAGUGAUAAGUCUUGACUUUAUGCAAAUGCCACUCCAGUUUUCUUUGGGAUUUUUUUUGGGGAUGGGAUUACUCCUGUAUGACGUAUAAGGUUGCAUAACCAGGUCAGCAAUAUCGGUUUUAUGAGUUUGAAGCAUGAGUGAGAUGUACUAUAUAUUGGAUUACCAACUUGAGCUGAUUGUUUGUGGGUGUUCUAUAUUUCAGUGAUUAAUAUACGACCAAAAUGAGUGUGUUGCUAUUC